UGCACCGGAUCGGUUGCGCAGGUACUUGUACGCGCCGUGCUAGAGAACGCUUGGCCCAACUAUUCUGCUUUCUACAGAGUGGUACAAGAUGCCUCAACUCUUCUAUGAGAUUUUUUGUUUUCCCGUUUUAGGUGCCCCUCGAACCUCUUCGCAAUCCAUCUCAUCUACUGUAGGUAAUCAACGUGCCUUGCUUGCGUCCGCUGCGGGCCGAGAUCGACCAGCCGUUUCGUUCUGUUUAUUUUUAUUUUCCUGCCCCCCGGAGCUCAAAAUCAAAAGUGAAGACCCCCUGCAUGGCCCACCCAGUAAUAUGCCGUUGUUUUAGUCUUUUUAAGAAAGGGAGAAAGGAAAAGCUUUGAC